UGGUGCAGCGUGCGCCUCUGGUCGCCCUUCUCCGCCUCCCGAACUCUGCCGGGCUGCCCUGGUUCUCGCGGAUCCGGGGGCGUUUGCAGGCGUUUAGAGAAAGCCACGUCUUCAAAUUCUUGUGGGUUCGAAACUUUAUCGAACUGCAGAGCGCAACAAAGGGAAGGAGAGCCCCGGCUUCUUGCCGACGAAGAGAGGCCCAGGCGGCCGGCCGGACGCGCGGGAUCCCAGCCUUCUCGCGCGUCCACCAGGUUUUUCUUUCCUGCUCUUUCCCUAGCUCUGGAGGGGAUGGAGGAGGCGGAGAUCGACUGCGCCCUAGCGUUCGCCGAGGCCCAGAGAUGGGUGGAGGCAGUAACAGAGAAGAAUUUUGAAACAAAGGAUUUUCGAGCCUCUCUAGAGAAUGGUGUUCUGUUGUGUGAUUUGAUUAACAAGCUUAAACCUGGUAUCAUUAAGAAGAUCAAUAGACUGUCCACACCAAUAGCAGGUUUGGAUAAUAUAAAUGUUUUUUUGAAAGCUUGUGAACAGAUUGGAUUGAAAGAAGCCCAGCUUUUCCAUCCUGGGGAUCUACAGGAUUUAUCGAAUCGAGUCACUGUCAAGCAAGAAGAGACUGAUAGGAGAGCGAAAAAUGUUUUGAUAACUUUGUACUGGCUGGGAAGAAAAGCACAAAGUAACCCCUACUAUAAUGGUCCCCAUCUUAAUUUGAAAGCCUUUGAGAAUCUUUUAGGACAAGCUCUGACUAAGGCACUUGAAGAGUCUAGCUGCCUGAAAAGGAGUGGCAGGGACAGUGGUUACAGCGAUAUCUGGUGUGCUGAGCGAGGAGAAUUUCCUGCUCCUCCAGGCAACUAUAAUAGAGAAGAUUCAUUCGAAAGCUUGGACUCUUUGGGGUCCAGGUCAUUCACAAGCUGCUCCUCUGAUAUCACAUUGAGGGGGGCACGUGAAGGUUGUGAAAGUGACACAGAUUCUGAAUUUACAUUCAAGAUGCAGGAUCAUAAUAGAGAUGAUAUGUCCUACCGAAGGAUUUCGGCUAUUGAACCAAAGUCUGCGUUACCCUUCAAUCGCUUUUUACCCAACAAGAGUAGGCAGCCAUCCUAUGUACCGGCACCCUUGAGGAAGAAAAAGCUGGACAAAAAUGAAGAUAACAGAAGAAGCUGGGCAAGCCCGGUCUACACGGAAGCAGAUGGAACAUUUCCAAGCAGCAGAGCAGAGUGUGAUUUUUCGAAUCCAGCAUCCUAUCAGAAGGAGGUGUACAGUUCUGGAAGUGGAUCGGACUCGGAGGAGGACCGGAGGUUGCCUGAUGUGGUUUUGGACGACUUAGCCAACCGUAGAUUCCACAAGAAAAAGAGGCUCGAGGGUGUCAUCUCGCAAACCACCUCUCCUAAGUCUGGUUCAUGUUUUUUUUCUCCCACUGACCCAUUAGCCGCUGGGCUGUACAAACUGACGAGUAACGAGAGGAGAACUUGGGGCACCAAUGUGGAGCAUUGGCCAAGAGCACAAGAAACCUCAGACUCCUCUUGUUACUUGGAAGAGGAAGAAGAAAAGACAAGCAUACCCAACACGGUAAAGGAUGAUCUUUACGUGCGAAAGCUAAGCCCAAUCAUGCCAAGCCCAGGGAAUGCUUUUGAUCAGUUUCUUCCCAAAUGCUGGAUCCCAGGAGAUGUGAACUGGAAACGAAUAAAAAGGGAAACUUACAAACCGUGGUAUAAAGAAUUUCAGGGAUUCAGUAGAAGGGAUUCAGACUCUGACGAUGAGGAUUCAGGCUUUGACAGAAGCUCUGCCCUUUUUAGUAAAAGACAAAAAGCAGAUCAUAGGCUAGACAGCAGCCGCCAAAGGCAUUCACUCUUGCUGGAACUGGCUACCAAGUGGGCCAGAAACUCCCAGGACACCCAUGCAGCCAGGAGAACCAGUGGUGCUUCGGAUGAGCCCAGUCAGUUCUUAUUACUUCAGGCCCUCCAGACGUAUUCUGAUGACAUCCUGUCCUCUGAAACCAGUAUCAAAAUUGAUCCCACUGCCGGCCCCAGGCUCAUAACACGCAGAAAGAAGCUCUCUUCCGCACCAGGGUAUAGACCAGAGGACCUUGAGACGGCAGCCCUGGAUCCUGACUUAGAGAACGAUGACUUCUUUGUCAGAAAGACGGGGGCCUUCCAUGCCAACCCUGGGGUCCUCCGGGCUUUCGAGGACCUGAGAAGGCUUGCCGGGCAUGAGGAUCCCGUGGAGCGCGACAUCAUUCUGCAGUGUCGGGAAGGCGAACUUGUCCUUCCAGACCUAGAAAAAGAUGACAUGAUCAUUCGCCGCAUUCCGGCACAGAAGAAAGAGGUGCCUCUCUCGGGAGCCCCAGACAGAUACCAGCCAGUCCCUUUCCCAGAACCCUGGACGCUGCCUCCGGAAAUUCAAGCAAAAUUUCUGUGUGUUCUUGAAAGGACGUGCCCACCCAAAGAACAAAGCAGUAGCUGUAGAGUGCUCGUUCCUUCAAACCGGCAGAAGAAAGACGACAUGCUGGCUCGUAAGAUCCAGUCUUGGCAGCUGGGGACCCCCGUGCUGCCUCCCCCCAGCUUCACCCCCGGUCCCUGCAGUGAGGCAGACUUACAGAAGUGGGAGGCCAUCCGCGAGGCCAGCAGGCUUAGGCACAAGAAGCGGCUGAUGGUCGAGAGACUCUUUCAAAAGAUUUAUGGUGAGAACGGGAGCAAGUCCCUGAGCGAUGUCAGCGCCGAGGAUGUUCAGAACUUGCGUCACCUGCGUUAUGAGGAGAUGCAGAAAAUCAAGUCACAGUUAAAAGAACAAGAUCAGAAAUGGCAGGAUGACCUUGCAAAAUGGAAAGAUCGUCGAAAAAGCUACACUUCAGAUCUGCAAAAGAAAAAAGAAGAGAGGGAAGAGAUUGAGAAGCAGGCUCUUGAGAAGUCGGAGAGAAGGUCUAAGACAUUUAAUGAAAUGCUGCAGGACAGGGAAUCCCCAAAUCAGACAUCUACGGUUACAUUGAAGAGGAGGCUGUAUUCUUCUGAUGAUGGAUUGAAUGAAGAAAAGCUUCCCUCGACACUGAUGACGUCAGAAGCAAGUUCCCAGAGUGAGGGAGCAGAGGAGCAGGGAACAGCUUACCCUUCCGACAUGCCUAAGCAGAAUUCCACAGCUUUUGCAAACAGGAAAGCUCCUCUCAGAGAUGAAACUCAGCUUCCUUCUAAAAGCCCUGUGGAGGAACAACGCCCAGCCUCUUUGUCUUCUCAGCAUUCACUGAAUACACAAACGGAGUCUGUUGCAGUUUCAGCUUCUCUCCCCAGAAGUUACCAGAAAACUGAUACGACCAGGUUAACAUCUGUGGUCACACCAAGACCUUUUGGCUCACAGUCAAGGGGAAUCUCAUCCCUCCCGAGAUCCUACACGAUGGAUGACGCUUGGAAGUAUAAUGGAGACGGGGACAGCGUUAAGAGAACCCAAAACAGUUCGGUCAGCACCUCUGUGCAAAAACCUGACAAGAGCCAGCUUGAGUCCAGCCCAUCCAGCAAAAGAGAGGCAGCAACAUCCCUAGAGAGUGGGCUGAGCUGGCCCUCCCCUACACCCCCCUUCUCAGCUCCUUCUCAGGACCAGGCCACCACUUCCAAAGACACGCUAUCUUCAAUGUCUAGCCCAGAUUUAACGUCUGAGCUUGGUGAAGGGAGACACUCACCACAGACAGAGGUCUCAAGAUCGCAGGAUCAGUUCAGUGAUAUGAGAAUCAGCAUAAACCAGACGCCUGGAAACAGUCUUGACUUUGGGUUUACCGUAAAAUGGGCUUUUUCCGGGAUCUUCGUAGCAUCAGUUGAAGCAGGGAGCCCAGCAGAAUUUUCUCAGCUACAGGUAGAUGAUGAAAUUAUUGCUGUCAACAACACCAAGUUUUCCUAUAAGGACACAAAACGGUGGGAGGAAGCCAUGGCUAAUGCUCAGGAAACCGGAAACCUGGUGAUGGAUAUCAGGCGCUAUGGAAAGUCUGACUGGGGCAAAGACCAGACUUCCCUGCCAUUUACACGGCAUAAAACCCUCAAUCUCACCAGUAUGGCUACCAAAAUUAUAGGUUCACCUGAAACAAAGUGGAUCGAUACAACUUCCGGAAUUUACAGCUCAGAAAAAUCUUCAAAUCUAUCAAUAACAACUGAUUUUUCAGAAAGCCUUCAGAAUUCUAAUACUGAAUCCAGGGAAAUCAAUGGAAUUCGUGAUGAAAGCAAUACUUUUGAGUCAAAAGCUUCUGAACCUAUUUCUUUGAAAAACUUAAAAAGGCGAUCACAAUUUUUUGAACAAGGGUCAUCCAGCUUUUCUUACAGUUCAUGGGUCUACCUCUGUGGAAGCUCCGAUUCUGUGGUGCCUGAUCUUCCGGUCCCGACCAUCAGUGCCCCGAGUCGCUGGGCAUGGGAUCCGGAGGAGGAGCGGAAGCGGCAGGAGCGGUGGCAGAAGGAGCAGGACCGCCUGCUGCAGGAGAAAUAUCAACGGGAGCAGGAGAAACUAAGGGAAGAGUGGCAGAGGGCUAAGCAGGAGGCUGAGAGAGAGAAUUCCAAGUACUUGAACGAGGAACUGAUGGUCCUAAACUCAAACAGCAUUUCUCUGGCCGCACGGGAGCCUGCCAUUGCCACCCGGGGUGAGGAGUCCAAGUCCCGCGAUAGGGAAGGAACCCGCGCCGAAGAGACGGGGCAGCAGCAGCAGGAGGAAGGAGCGAACGAGGACCAGGGAAAGACGCUGCAGGAACAGCUUGCCCUUGAGAGGGAGAGGAAGCUGAAGGAGCAGCAGGAUCAGGAAGAGCAGGAGCAGAAGCAGCGUCAGGCAGAAGCUGAGAAGCAGAAGCGCCAGGCGGAGGCUGAGGAGCAAAUGCGCCAGGCGGAGAGAGAGAGGGAAACAUCCAUCAAGAUAUACCAGUACAGAAGGCCUGUUGAUUCCUAUGAUAUACCAAAGAGAGAAGAAGAAUCUUCAGGUUUGCUUCCUAGUGACAGGAAUAAGUCCAGAUCGACCACUGAGCUGGAUGAUUACCCUGCAAAUAAAAAUGGAAGCAGUAGAUAUUUAGAGAGAAUUGGGAGCAAUAGCUCGUCACAGAAGAGCUCCAAGAAGGAACAAGCCCCGUCGGGAGCGGAGCUGGAGAGACAGCAAAUCCUUCAGGAAAUGAGGAAGAGAACAUCCCUUUACGAUGACAACAGCUGGAUCCGACAGCGCAGUUCCAGCAUAAAUAAAGAGCCCAUUUGUCUGCCUGGGAUUAUGAGAAGAGGCGAAUCUCUAGAUAACCUGGAUUCCCCAAGAACCAAUUCUUGGCGACAGUCCCCUUGGCUCAAUCAGCCUUCCGGGGUCUAUGCUUCCUCCUCUGUCCAAGACUUCAGUCGCCCCCCUCCUCAGCUGCUGUCCACGUCAAACCGAGCCUACAUGCGAAGCCCAUCCUCCAGCAUCCCCCCGCCUUCAGCCGGUUCUGUGAAGACCACCUCGCCCUCCCCUACACCACGCGGCCAUCCCCCCGCGCCUCCGCAGCCAGGCUCCCAGCCACGCAGCAGGUCGGUCAGUGGGAAGCGCGUGUGCUCCUACUGUAAUAACAUUCUGGGCAAAGGAGCUGCCAUGAUCAUCGAGUCCCUGGGUCUUUGUUAUCAUUUACAUUGUUUCAAGUGUGUGUCCUGUGAGCGUGACCUCGGAGGCUCUUCCUCAGGAGCCGAAGUCAGAAUCCGAAACAACCAACUGUACUGCAACGACUGCUAUCUCAGAUUCAAAUCUGGACGGCCAACCGCCAUGUGACCUAAGCCUGCACACGAAAGCGCUGUUGCAGAUAGAAGAGGAGGUGGUUGCUGCAGAUGUAGAUCUAUAAAUAUAUGUUGUAUGUCUUUUUCGCUCUCUUUUUUAAAAAAGAAUAACACUUUUUUUCCUGGCCUCUUUAGAUUACACCAGAGCAUUCUAAUCUUGGUAGAACACGUAUUUUUGUUGUUUAUUUAUAAGAAGGUAAUUACGCGUGGGGGAAAGUGCCGUAUUUUACUCGUUUUCAAAUUCAGCAUCGUUAAAGCACAAGAGAAAGAUAAGAACAGCAUAUUUUUUUUGAGGCUGAUAAUGAUCUUGUUUGACUUUCUAGUGGUGUUUUGAAGAGGGUUAUUUUAUUGGUUUUUUUUUUAAGGUUCUGAAACAUUAUUUGAAAUAGUUAAUAUAAAUAUGUAAUUGCAUUUGCUCUCUUUAUUGGAAUGUAUGCUAAAUUAAUGCAGAACCAUAUGGAAAAUUCCACUAAGCUCCACCUCCAAGUUUGCUUUCUGUAUCCUUCUUUUCAUCUAUGUAACAUUAUGAUUAAUUUUUUUUUAGCUUAUGUUAACAUUUUAUUUGCUUGAUGUGGGGAGCUCUGUUUUCUUCACCAGAAUUGUCCUAAGCAAUUCCCAGUAGAAAGCUGCUUCUUUUCAUUCAUGGAAAAUCUUCAUGCCAGAAGUAAGGCUUUCUGUUCCACUGCAUUUGUAAAUAAACUUGCUGAUGCAUUUAA